GCUGCGCUGCGCGGGUGCCGGCGCCCGCAGCCUGGGUGAACGGGCCCGGGGAGCGGAGGGUCCCGGGCCCCGGAAAUCGGGAAGGGUUGGGGAGCAGGCUGGAGCUGCCGGGCCUUUGGAAUCAGCCGCACACCCAGAUUUCAGGAUGACGGCAACCCAGGAGAGCCCCUUCCCUUAUGGAGACUACCUGAACUCCAGCCAGUUGCACAUGGAGCCUGAUGAGGUGGACACUUUGAGAGAAGGAGAGGACCCAGCUGACCGGAUGCACCCCUUUCUGGCCAUCUACAACCUUCAGCCUCUGAAGGUGCACCCCUUGGUGUUCGCCCCCGGAGUCCCUGUCACAGCCGAGGUGGUGGGCACUGAGAGAUACACCAGUGGAUCUAAGGUGGGAACCUGCACCCUAUAUUCUGUCCGCUUGACUCAUGGAGACUUUACCUGGACAACGAAGAAGAAGUUCCGUCAUUUCCAGGAGCUACAUCGCGACCUCCAGAGACACAAAGUCUUGAUGAGUUUGCUUCCCCUGGCUCGCUUUGCUGUUCCCUAUGUUCCAGCCCAAGAGGCAACUGACAGGGAGAUGCCCCCUCUACCCAGAGGAGGUCCUGAGGGCUCCACCAGACAUGCAGCCAGUAAACAGAAAUACCUGGAGAAUUACCUCAACCGUCUCCUAACUAUGUCAUUCUAUCGCAACUACCAUGCCAUGACAGAGUUCCUGGAAGUCAGUCAGCUCUCCUUUAUCCCAGACCUGGGCUCCAAAGGACUGGAAGGGGUGAUCCGGAAGCGCUCAGGUGGUCAUCGAGCUCCUGGUUUCACCUGCUGUGGCCGGGACCAAGUUUGUUAUCGCUGGUCCAAGAGGUGGCUGGUGGUGAAGGAUUCCUUUCUGCUGUACAUGUGCCUGGAGACUGGCAACAUCUCAUUUGUUCAGCUCUUUGAUCCUGGCUUCGAGGUGCAGGUGGGGAAAAGGAGUACAGAGACCCGGUAUGGAGUGCGGAUUGAUACCUCCCACAGGUCCUUGAUUCUCAAGUGCAGUAGCUACCGGCAGGCACGGUGGUGGGGCCAAGAGAUCACUGAGUUGGCACAGGGCCCAGGCAAAGACUUCCUCCAGCUACAUCAACACGACAGCUUUGCCCCACCCCGGCCUGGGACCCUCGCCCGGUGGUUUGUGAAUGGGGCAGGGUACUUUGCUGCUGUGGCAGAUGCCAUCCUGCAAGCUCGACAGGAGAUUUUCAUCACAGACUGGUGGUUGAGUCCUGAAGUUUAUCUGAAGCGUCCAGCCCAUUCCAAUGACUGGAGACUAGACAUUAUGCUCAAAAGAAAGGCGGAGGAGGGUGUCCGGGUGUCCGUACUACUGUUUAAGGAAGUGGAAUUGGCCUUGGGCAUCAACAGUGGCUACAGCAAGAGGACUCUGAUGCUGUUGCACCCCAACAUAAAGGUGAUGCGCCACCCAGACCUGGUGACAUUGUGGGCCCAUCAUGAAAAACUUCUGGUGGUAGACCAAGCUGUGGCCUUCUUAGGAGGGCUGGACCUUGCCUAUGGCCGCUGGGAUGACCUGCACUAUCGACUCACAGACCUUGGGGACACCUCUGAGUCAACUGCCUCUCAGCCUUCCACCCCGUGCCCAGACUCUUCGGGCACUCCAGACCUGUCUCACAACCACUUCUUCUGGCUGGGCAAGGACUAUAGCAAUCUUAUUACGAAGGAUUGGGUGCAACUGGACCGGCCUUUUGAAGAUUUUAUUGACAGGGAGACUAUCCCCCGGAUGCCAUGGAGGGAUGUGGGCGUGGUCGUCCAUGGCUCAGCAGCACGAGACCUAGCCCGUCACUUUAUCCAGCGCUGGAACUUCACCAAGACCACCAAGGCCAAGUACAAGACACCCAUGUACCCCUACCUCCUACCCAAAUGCACCAGCACUGCAAGCCAUCUGCCAUUCACACUCCCCGGUGGGCAGUGCACCACUGUACAGGUGCUGCGGUCUGUGGACCGUUGGUCAGCCGGGACUUCGGAGAAUUCCAUCCUCAAUGCUUAUCUCCACACCAUCAGAGAGAGCCAGCACUUCCUCUACAUUGAGAAUCAGUUCUUCAUUAGCUGCUCAGAUGGUCGCUCGGUUCUGAACAAGGUGGGCGAUGAGAUUGUGGACAGAAUCCUGAAGGCCCACAAACAGGGCCAAUGUUUCCGUGUCUACGUGCUCCUGCCCUUGCUUCCUGGCUUUGAGGGGGACAUCUCCACAGGUGGCGGUAACUCCAUCCAGGCCAUUCUGCACUUCACUUACAGGACCCUGUGUCGUGGGGAGUAUUCAAUCCUACAUCGUCUCAAAGCUGCCAUGGGGACGGCAUGGAAGGACUAUAUGUCCAUCUGUGGGCUUCGCACACAUGGAGAGCUGGGCGGGCAUCUGGUCUCAGAGCUCAUCUAUAUCCACAGCAAGAUGCUCAUUGCAGAUGACCGGAAAGUCAUCAUUGGUUCUGCAAACAUCAACGACCGAAGUUUGCUAGGGAAAAGGGACAGUGAGCUGGCUGUGCUGAUUGAGGACACAGAGAUGGAGCCUUCCCUCAUGGAUGGGGUAGAGUACCAGGCCGGCAGGUUUGCCUUGAGUUUGCGGAAGCACUGUUUCAGUGUGAUUCUUGGGGCAAAUGGCCGGUCAGACCUGGAUCUUCGAGACCCUGUCUGUGAUGACUUCUUCCAGUUGUGGCAAGAGACCGCAGAGAACAAUGCCAAUAUCUAUGAGCAGAUCUUUCGAUGCCUGCCAAGCAAUGCCACACGUUCCCUGCGAACUCUCCGGGAAUAUGUAUCUGUGGAGCCCCUGGCUGUGGUCAGCCCUCCCUUGGCUCGGUCGGAGCUCAGCCAGGUCCAGGGCCACCUGGUUCAUUUCCCCCUCAAGUUUCUGGAGGAGGAGGAGUCUUUGCUGCCCCCGUUAGGGAGCAAGGAAGGCAUGAUACCCUUAGAAGUAUGGACGUAAGAAGGUCACCAGGUCUGCCUCCCUGCCCCAAAUCCUGAGAACCGAGGGCCAGAACCCCUUGAGCUCUGGAGAGAUGGAAAUCCCUGAAGAGGAUUAGAGGAGUCACAGAGUACCCUUACUUGGAAAGUAUGUAAAGGGGGUACCUCGAGCCUGGCAUACAAAGACAAAAAUGGGGUCCUAGUGAUGUUCAUCCAUCUGCUGCCCAGCUGAAACCACUACUACAAAGGGGAAGCAUGGGAACUGGGCCUCUUAUUCCAGGAAUAUAGGGUGCUGUCUUAGGCCUUUCCUGACUCUCCCUCCUCCUGCUCUUAACCCCCUCCAUGUUCUAGGCCCAUUCCUAGCCCACUGCUCCAAGAUGGAGGGCAGGAUGGAUCCACUCUGGCUGCAGCCUCUGCUGGAGAUUAGGACAUGGAGUACAUAUUAACUCCCUCAACCAACCAACCUGUUGAAAGACACUAAUUUUGUACCAGUUCAGUAAACAUUUCAUAAAUAAAAAAUGUAG